CAGUGAGUAGUACACAACUAGCUCACAUAUUAUACUCUCUAAUUUGAAAUAUUUGAGCUAUAACUAGAGAUGGAAAAGAUCAAUGUAAAAGAAGAUGAUGAGAUGAAAUGGGUUCAUGAUUCUUCAGUUGAUCAUAAAGGAAGGGUUCCACUACGAGCUUCAACUGGUUCAUGGAAAGCUGCACUUUUCAUUUUUGCAAUUGAGUUUAGUGAGAGGUUGAGCUACUUUGGAAUAGCAACUAGCUUAGUCCUUUACCUCACAAAGGUUAUCCAUCAAGAUCUUAAGACAGCAGCAAGGAAUGUUAAUUAUUGGGCAGGUGUCACAACUCUGAUGCCACUCUUUGGUGGAUUCAUAGCUGAUGCAUAUUUGGGUCGUUACUCCGCUGUGGUUGCAUCAAGCAUUGUUUAUCUUAUGGGUUUGAUACUCCUUACUCUCUCAUGGUUCCUACCAAGUUUAAAACCAUGUGAUCACACUACCACAUGCAAUGAACCAAGGAAAAUUCAUGAAGUGGUUUUCUUCCUAGCUAUCUACUUAAUAUCAAUAGCAACUGGAGGCCACAAACCUUCCUUGGAAAGCUUUGGAGCUGACCAAUUUGAUGAGGAUCAUGUUGAAGAAAGGAAACAAAAAAUGUCCUUUUUCAAUUGGUGGAAUUGUGCUCUAUGUAGUGGACUUAUUCUAGGAGUGACCCUUAUUGUUUAUAUACAAGAUAACAUAAAUUGGGGUGCUGCUGAUAUUAUUUUCACUGGAGUUAUGGCUCUUUCACUUCUCAUAUUCAUUAUUGGAAGGCCUUUUUAUCGUUAUAGGGUACCAAGUGGGAGUCCUUUGACUCCAAUGUUGCAAGUUCUUGUUGCUGCCUUUUCUAAAAGGAAGCUUCCUUAUCCUUCUAAUCCUGAUCAAUUGUAUGAGGUUUCUAAGUCUCAUGGAAACAAAAGAAAGUUUCUUUGCCACACUAAGAAGCUAAGAUUUCUUGACAAGGCAGCUAUAAUUGAAAACGAUGGAAAUUCAAUAGAGAAGCAAAGUCCAUGGAAGCUAACAACUGUAACUACAGUUGAAGAAAUGAAGCUUAUAAUCAAUAUGAUACCAAUUUGGGUAUUCACUAUACCAUUUGGAAUAAGUGUAGCACAAACAUCAACAUUCUUCAUCAAACAAAGUGCUAUAAUGAAUAGAAAGAUAGGUGAAAGGUUUGAACUUCCACCAGCUUCAAUUUUCACAGUUGCUGCCUUAGGAAUGAUAAUUUCUGUGGCCAUUUAUGACAAGAUUCUAGUACCUAUGUUAAGAAAAAUAAAUCAAAAUGAAAGAGGAAUUAACAUCCUUCAAAGGAUUGGUUUUGGAAUGUUUUUCACUAUUAUUACAAUGAUAGUGGCAGCUUUAAUAGAGAAAAAGAGACUUGAAGCUGUUGAAAAGGAUCCAUUAAGUAUUUUUUGGUUGGCUCCACAAUUUCUAAUUAUUGGUUUUGGUGAUGGAUUUACCCUUGUGGGAUUACAAGAAUAUUUCUAUGACCAAGUUCCUGAUUCAAUGAGAAGCUUAGGUAUAGCUUUUUAUUUAAGUGUGAUUGGAGCUGCAAAUUUUAUUAGUAGUGUGUUGAUAACAAUUGUUGAUCAUAUAACAAAGAAAAAUGGGAAGAGUUGGUUUGGUAAGGAUUUGAAUAGUAGUAGAUUGGACAAAUUUUAUUGGCUAUUGGCAGCUAUAACUACGGUGAAUUUGUUCUUGUUUGUGUUCUUUGCUAGAAGAUAUUCAUACAAAAAUGUGCAAAAGGUUGCAGUUAUUGAUGAUAGUUGUAAAGGCAAGAAUGACUAUGGCAGUGUAGACAAUUCGGUUUGAGUUUGUUACUAAAGGUUAUUUAAACAAAAAUAGGGAAAUGUUCUACCAUAAUAUUUUAUCAAAUAUCUCUUGAUUUUUGGAAA